UGGGAGCAACAAUGCUUUUUCCAACACUUUGUUUUUUCUUAACUUACAGGUUUUCCGAAAAAAGGCAGUGGAGCUUGGAGAGAAAUUGCUACCUGCUUUCAACACUCCUACAGGGAUACCUUGGGCAUUGCUUAAUAUCAAGAGUGGAAUCGGUCGAAAUUGGCCAUGGGCCUCUGGUGGCAGCAGCAUUUUGGCAGAAUUUGGGACUUUGCAUCUGGAGUUCAUACACUUGAGCCACCUGUCUGGAAACCCUGUCUUUGCUGAAAAGGUAAUGAAUAUUCGAAAAGUUCUAAAUCGACUGGAUAAACCAGAGGGCCUUUACCCCAACUAUCUGAAUCCCAGCAGUGGCCAAUGGGGCCAGCAUCACGUCUCCAUUGGAGGGCUUGGGGAUAGCUUUUAUGAAUAUUUGCUGAAGGCAUGGUUGAUGUCAGACAAGACAGAUGAAGAAGGCAAGAAAAUGUAUUAUGAUGCUGUUCAGGCCAUAGAGACCCACCUCAUUCGCAAAUCAAGCGGAGGGCUGACAUACAUCGCUGAGUGGAAGGGUGGACUGCUUGAACAUAAAAUGGGACAUCUCACUUGUUUUGCUGGAGGCAUGUUUGCUCUUGGAGCAGAUGGAGCACCUAAUGACAAGACGGGCCAUCACAUUGAGCUUGGUGCUGAAAUUGCCAGGACUUGCCAUGAAUCCUAUGAUCGCACAAGCAUGAAACUGGGACCAGAAGCCUUCAGGUUUGAUGGUGGUGUUGAGGCCAUUGCUACAAGACAAAAUGAAAAAUACUACAUCCUACGACCAGAAGUCAUAGAAACCCACAUGUACAUGUGGCGGCUCACUCAUGACCCAAAGUACAGGCAGUGGGGAUGGGAAGCUGUAGAGGCACUGGAAAAACAUUGCAGAGUAGAUGGUGGCUAUUCUGGCAUUAGAGAUGUUUAUAACAAUCAUGAAAGCCAUGAUGAUGUACAGCAAAGUUUCUUCCUUUCAGAGACACUCAAGUACUUGUAUUUGCUGUUUUCAGAAGAUGAUCUUCUUCCAUUCGAACACUGGGUCUUCAACACAGAGGCUCAUCCUCUCCCUGUUCUUCACAAAGAUGAUGAAAAUAAAGAAUAAAACCAGAAACAGAUGAAGAUUAACUUAUACUUUGUUUCAUUCCUUAUGUUUCUUUCCAGGACUUGGGCACAUAAUUUGGUUUUAAAUUCCUGAGUUAAGUUUUUAAAUCAAGUAUUUUGCAGUCUGUUUUCUUUAACAGCAAAUGUUUAUGAAUGGACCUCAACUGAUUAUGGUAAAACUUCAUUCCUCUUACCCAGCUGAACCACUUCUUAGAAGAGAAAUAGGACAUAUCUCCAGAGUUUUUUAGGCUGCAGUGUCAUCUUGGCCAAAAAGAGCAGAGGGUCUGCAUGUUACUUGUUUCCUGUUAUGCUUUUAAUUUGACUGCAAAAUUCUUUUCUCCUCUGUGAGGAGAUGUCUGCUUUAAGCUGUAAUAUUUUGCCAUGUUGCAAAAAGCCAUAUUGAAUUAAGUAUAAAGAGCUUUUUUUUGUC